CACGGUGACUUCACACGCAGCAGCAUGUGUGGCUGAGCCUCCGUGCAGCAGCCUCCUGCGAGGUGGGCAGCGAGGUCAGCCUGGCAGCCGUUGCCUCUCUCUAGCCCCGAUCUGGCCGCAGGCAGCUGGUUCCCUGGGACCCGAGGAGGGGAUGGCGGAACAAGAAGCCAGUGGGCUGCAGGUCCUGCUGCGCACGCUUCAGAGCUCCUCUGACAAGCAGUCCAUCCUGACCAUACUCCAGGUUCUUGGAGAUCUGCUUUCAGUCGGCACAGACCGAAGGAUUCGCUACAUGGUCAGUAAGGGUGGCAGUGAGGCCCUUCUGCAGACUCUGGUGGACACAGCGAGGACAGCUUCUCCAGACUAUGACAUCCUCCUACCCCUCUUCCGACUGCUGGCCAAAGUUGGCCUACGAGAUAAAAAGUUUGGACAGAAGGCACUGGAAUUGGAAGCACUUGAUGUGACAUUGAUUCUGGCCAGGAAAAACCUGUCCCAUAGCCAGAACCUCCUUCACUGUCUCUGGGCCCUGCGUGUGUUCGCUGCUAGUGUUACCACGGGAGCCAUGCUGGGAAUAAAUGGAGCAAUGGAACUGCUUUUCAAGGUUAUCACCCCUUAUACGCAGAAGCACACACGAAUAAUCAGGGCAGCCACUGAAGUUCUGGCAGCAUUGCUGAAAUCCAAGUCUAACAGCCGCAGGGCUGUGAACAGAGGCUACGUCACCAGCUUGCUCAAACUGCAUCAGGACUGGCAUCGCCAUGACGCUGCCAACGCCUAUGUGCUGAUCCGCCGGGCACUCCUGCUCUGCCUCAAGCAUAUUGCCAACCUCCGGUCUGGCAGGGAGGCUUUCCUGGCAGCCCAGGGCAUGGAGAUCCUCUUCAGCACCACAGAGAACUGCUUGGAUGACAAUGACUUGGAGCCUGUCGUCUCCAUCAUAAUUCAGAUCUUGAGGCAGUGCUACCCAAAGAGUACACUUCCCUUGGUUACAGCUACCAGUGCUUAUACCUUCUCUGUCCCUGGGAGCAUCCCUUCUGAAACUCCAUGUGUUCUAACCGAAGAGGAUUUUGAAGAUGAUGCUGAUGAAGAAGUGGAUAAAGAUUCAGACUCUGAAGAUGUAAAAGAGCAGGAUGAUGACUUGGAAACAGACGUGAACAAGCUGACGUCCAAACCUGGUCUUGACCGACCCGAAGAGGAACUGAUGCAGUAUGAGGCAAUGUGUGUUGAGCUCUCCUGCAACUUCGAGGAACUUGAGUCUAAACCUGGAGAUGAUUUGCACUUUGAAGAGACUCAGGAUGUCAAGCACUCCCACAUUCCGACUGUGACCUCUCCAAAGCAGCAUUGUUUGAAUAAGGACCAAAGUUCCUGGAGGCAGGAAAGCCAAGACAUGGUCCAGACUUCCCUUCUGAGCAUGGUGAAGAUGGGGAGGUCCACCAUGCAUCCAGCCUCCAAAAAAGGCCCUGGGAUGAACGCAUACCAAAACAUGCAAUCAAGUGGUCUUGGGAUAGAUUCUUCUGGCAAAAAAAUUCCUGACAUUCAAGUUUCCCUCAAACAGGAUGCUUGGGAUAUAGACAUGAUUUCCUGCCCAUCGAUAAGUGCCUCCUUUUCCAAUUCUGCUAGGCCUACAGAAACUGCUGAAGUAGUAGAUAAACUUCUGCAGACACAUCCCAAGCACCUCCCCUUCCAUGACCCCCAUCUUUAUAUGGCCAAAUCCAGAAGAACCAGAUCUGUGGCUAACUUCAAGAUGAUGGCAUUUCCAGACUUCUGGGGUCACUGUCCACCUCCCUCUGCCCAGUCAAUGCUGGAACGCAAACGUGGAGUCCAAAGGAUCAAGAUAUUUGAGGAUGUCCAAAGGCUUAUCCAGCCAUGUGAUGUUAUAAAUAAAGUUGUCUUCAGUUUAGAUGAGCCUUGGUCUUUGCAAGACACUGCUUCCGACUGUUUGCAGUUUUCCUCCGAGUUUGAGUCAGGAAAUCUUCGCAAAGCCAUCCAAGUGCGUGAGAGGGAAUAUGACUUGCUGGUCAACACUGAUGUGAAUAGCAGCCAGCACCAGCAGUGGUUCUACUUCAAGGUGAGCGGCAUGAGAGCUGCCGUCCCUUACCGCUUCAACAUCAUCAACUGUGAGAAGCCCAACAGCCAGUUUAAUUACGGGAUGCAGCCAACUCUGUAUUCUGUGAAGGAGGCUCUUCUUGGCAGACCCACCUGGAUACGGAUGGGCUAUGAAAUCUGUUAUUACAAAAAUCAUUAUCGCCAGAGUGCAGCCAUUGCAGGGGGAGCAUCCGAGAAGUGUUUUUACACCCUCACCUUUGUGGUCACCUUUCCGCACAGUGAGGAUGCCUGCUACCUGGCCUACCACUAUCCAUACACCUACACAGCCCUCAUGACUCACCUUGACAUCCUGGAAAAAAGUGUGAACCCCAAGCAAAUCUACUUCCGCCAGGAGGUUCUCUGCCAGACGUUGGGAGGGAAUUCGUGUCCAUUGGUGACCAUCACAGCCAUGCCUGAGUCCAGUAGCUCUGACCAUCUAGAGCAGUUCCGUCAGCGUCCAUACCAAGUGAUCACUGCUCGAGUGCACCCAGGAGAGAGCAACUCUAGCUGGGUGAUGAAGGGGGCCUUGGAGUUCCUGGUCAGCAGUGACCCUGUGGCUAGGCUCCUAAGGGAAAACUUCAUUUUCAAGAUCAUCCCCAUGCUCAAUCCAGACGGUGUCAUCAAUGGCAAUCACAGAUGCUCACUGAAAGGGGAGGAUUUGAACAGACAAUGGCUCUCUCCCAGUGCUCAUCUCCAGCCAACAAUCUACCAUGCCAAAGGACUCCUGUACUACCUGAGUAGAGUUGGCCGAAGUCCCAGGGUCUUCUGUGAUUUCCAUGGCCACUCUCAAAAAAAGAAUGUUUUCCUUUAUGGCUGUAGCAUCAAGGAGACUUUGUGGCAAGCAGAGUCUACUGUGGGCACAUCAACUAUCUCAGAAGACAUCACCUAUAGGACUCUUCCCAAAAUCCUUGAUAAGCUAGCCCCAGCAUUCACGAUGAGCAGCUGCAGCUUUCUUGUGGAGAAAUCACGAGCCUCCACUGCCCGGGUGGUGGUAUGGAGAGAGAUGGGGGUGUCUAGAAGCUACACCAUGGAGAGCAGCUACUGUGGUUGCAACCAGGGGCCCUAUCAGGGCCUACAGUUUGGUACCAGUGAACUGGAGGAGAUGGGAGCCAUGUUCUGCUUGGGUCUACUCAUCUUGGAACUCAAGUCUGUAAGCUGCAGCCAUCAGCUCCUAACCCAUGCAGCAACUCUCCUGCAUGCUGAUGAAGAGGCUCUGGACCACCACCUCCAGCGAAAAUAUCUAACAUGCAGGAUGGUGAGGAUUAUAUGAAAUAACAUACACAGAAUGUCUGACAAAAAG